CACUGGCAAUGCCGGCCCAAGGUCAGGCUCGGCCGGCCCGGGCUAUCAGUCGGCACAAGGUCCUCAUAUAAGGCGCGCGGAUCCUGCGCCGCCACUGUCUCCGCCAACAUGCUGUCCCAGGUGCUACUCCUCGCGGUGCUGGUGGCGGCCGCCGCCGCGCAGCUCCCCGACUUCAUCCCUGUGUGCGCCCGCAGCGACCCGAAUCUGGAGGACUGCAUCGUCAAGGCCGUGGACGACCUCCGCCCGCGCCUGAUGAAGGGCAUCCCCGAGCUGGACGUGCCAGCGAUGGGCCCCUUCAAGAUCGACGAGGUCGUGGUGGGCCCGGGAUUCUCCUACCGAAUCGUCGGCAAGAACCUGCUCGUCACCGGCCUGGAGGACUUCCGCGUCUUCAGACUCAAGGCCGACCUGGACCGCAACACGUUCUACAUCGGCGUGGAGAUCCCCGCGGUGCGCUACACCGGCCAGUACACCAUGAACAUCCCCACGCCCUUCAUGAGGGUGAACGGCGCGGGCUUCGUCAAUGGCAACGCCACCAACAUCCGCGCCAACGCCGUGCUCGAGGGCAAGAUCGUCAAGCGCGACGGCAAGUCGUACUACAACUUCAAGACGAUAGACCUCGACGUCAAGCUCGGUGACUACAAGCUGCGCAUGGACGGCCUGUUCCGCGACAACAAGAUCCUGGAGGACCUGGUGCUCAACAUGAUCAACGACCGGUCCAAGGAGUUCGCGUGGAUGGCCGAGCCGCUGGCCGAGCGAGCCGCUGCCCAGAAGGUGCUCCAGUGGGCCAACAUGAUCGCCAAGAACCUCCCCAUCGAAGACAUGUUCCCCUGAAGCGUGCGCCGCGUCGCGGACCGCAGAUCCGGUUGCUAUUAUUGUGAUAUUCUAAACUAAGUUACGAAAUUGAUUGGCUGUUAUUAGAGCGCGAUUCGCAUUAAGUUUGAUUUAUGAUACAGAAACUGAAUAAAUAAAAAAGCAAAGUC